UUAUCAGAUAAAGUAUCAGCUAGAUUAGUCCGUCAGUAUAAAAAAUAGUGAUAUUGAUUGCAAAAUCAGUGUUAGCAAAUCCCUCCAACAAAAUGGCGUUCUACGGAAAGAAAUGGCAGAAGACCGACUUCGAAAAUAUCCUGGAAUUUAUGGACAAACUUGAGGUCCCAGAGAAGACCAGAGCCCUCCUCCGUCAGACCGAAAGCGUCUCCACGUUCCUCAACAACGGAGAUGGCAGCAUCCAGUACGUCGUCACCGUUGGCGACAAGGAGGUCAUCAACCAGAAGCUUGUCCUUGGAGAGGAGAAGGAGUUCAAGACUCCUGACGGCAUUGACACCAAGAACACCUUCACUUUGGAGGGAGAAACUCUCAAGUCUGUGAUGAAGUUCCCUGGUGGGAAGGUGCUGCAUAUGGACCGGGAGUUUGGAGCUGAUAAGAUGGUUCUGCACCUUCGGUUGGAGGGUCUGGACCUCAAAGCUAACGUCACCUACCUUGCAGUUUAAGAAACUUCACUCAGUAACUCACACUAUGUAAGAAUUAUUUAUUUUAAGCAGAAGACUGUUCUCAAUAUCAUAGUCUAAAAUCAAUAAAGUAAUUUUAUACUAUAAA